AUGUUAGAUAAGGUUAAGGAACUUCAGGGUAAUGCUGCUUUAGAGCAAUCAACGCGCAAUGUUGAAGGGUCUCUCCCAGGUUUGGUUGAUCAUGUACGUCUACCACAGAUCAAAUUAAAGUCAUUUGAUGGAAAUAUCGACGAGUGGCUCAGUUUCCGGGAUCUUUUCACAUCGUUGAUCCACUGGAAAACUGAGUUGCCUGAAAUUGAAAAAUUUCAUUACCUCAAGGGCUGUCUUGAGGGUGAAGCUAAAGCCUUGAUAGAUCCUCUGAAAAUUACAAAGGCGAAUUACCAAAUAGCAUGGGAUACUUUGGUGAAGCGCUAUCAUAACAAUAAGGUCCUAAAAAAGAGGCAGGUUCAGGCUCUUUUCAAAUUACCAACAUUGGGCAAGGAAUCGUUGGUAGAAUUGAGGUCGUUACUGGAGGGUUUUGAGCGGAUUGUCCAAACCUUGGACCAGGUGGUUCAAGUAGCAGACUACAAGGAUUUGCUUCUCAUCGAUCUUCUCAGCUCACGUUUGGACCCAGGUUCUCGUCGCGCAUGGGAAGAAGCGUCAUCUGCCAAUGAACAGGACACCUUGAAGGAUUUAGUCGAAUUUGUUCAGCGUAGAAUUAGGAUUCUAGAAGCUUUACCCAUCAAAUCAGUUGAAGCGAAAUUAGAUUCUUCGUCUGGAGCGAGAAAGGUGCCAGGACAAUUUCGUUUGGGGCACAACGCGAUUCAAUCAGGUGGAACUAGAUGCCCGGUGUGCUCAGCGUCGCACUGGUUGCAUAAUUGCUCAACGUUUCAAGGGAUGCCAGUUUCACAACGAGAAACAACAAUUCGUAAUAACGAUCUCUGUCGAAAUUGCCUUGCGAGAGGUCAUCAGGCCCGGGAUUGCACCUCCAAAUAUUCAUGUAGGCAAUGCAAAGGUCGUCACCACACUUUGGUGUGCUUCAAGGCAAACGGGAAGCAACCAAGAAGGACUCCGUUCGUUCAAGAAGGUGGAAAAUCUAGAGAUGGUGGAAAUUCUUCGACUCCCAGUACAGAUCAGGCGGUUUCUAACACGGCGGCCAACGAAAGGGUUUCUUCAAAUACUGGUCGAGUAAAGGAAACAAGGAUACUUCUCGCUACAGCAGUGGUUCUCAUCGAAGGUGAAGGUGGAGUCAAAUGUCCAGCACGAGCGUUGUUAGACUCAGGCUCCGAGUGUAAUUUUAUGUCGGAAAAAUUAUGCCAGAUGUUGAAGGUUACGAGAAAGAGCACGGAUGUGUCUAUCAUCGGAAUAGAGAAUUCCUCCGCCAAGGCAAGGUUUCGCGUAGCUGCAAGGGUUCGUUCUAGAGUCUCGGAUUACGACCAGAACAUGGAAAUUUUGGUAUUGCCUAAGGUCACCGCGAACUUACCAUCAAAAUUGUGCAGAGCCAAUUAUGCUAUGUGGGAAUCAUCCUUUGCACGAGAGCCGAAUCCAACACUUUAA